AUGAAUAAAGUGUGCUUAAUUAUUACUCUAUUAGUUCUUCAGGAUGUCUAGGCUGUUUAUUCAAAUCAAGAAAAAUGCAGCAUAAUUAUAAAAAACAUAUUUGCUGGCUUAGGAUUAAUGUAUUAAACAAAUGAAAUCAAUUAUAUGGAAAAUUUAGAUUGUGAUGGUUUCUUAGCAUAUAUUUCUAAAUCUGUUGAAUUAUCAAAUAAGUAGGAUUAAGACUAGCUGCAAAUAGGAUGGACUGAACUUGGAAAUGCCUUUGGAAAAAUUAUAUAAUCUAUUAAGGUAGACUUAAACAAGGAUCUAUCCAAAUAAAACUCCUAGUAAUAAUGGGUCAUAUGUUAUCUCAACAAUUUGAUGUUAAAAUUAAAAAAUACUAUUGUAUGUGAAAUAGAUGAGUAAUGGAGGCAAGUAAUUGAUUUAAUUUUUGAAUCAUAAAUAUUUAGUAAACUCGCAUUUGAAUAUAUUAGGUGACUAAUUCAAUUUCUUCAAAGAGGAAUAGUAUCAAUUGUAUGGCUAUGAAGUUGGUUAGAUGUUGUUAAAAAUAUAAAUGAAUAUUUAAAAUUUAAGCGCUAUAUUCCAGGAUAUGAAUGUGGCUUUACAAGCUUUUAAUGGGUUUUAAUUUGCCAUAAAAGAUCAAUCUUAAAUUACUAUGGAUUAGCUAAAGAGAUGCUUAGAGGGUGCUGAUUAAAUUGUUAUUUACUUUGAAGAUUUCUCAUUUUAAUUAUAAGAAUUUAUGUACAUACCAUACUCUUAUUGUUUUCACAAAUAAAUUUGGCUCGCAUUAAAUCAUUAUAUAAAUGCAUUAGAUAAAUGUUCCGAUUCAAUAACUAAUGCUCCAAUUUUAAGCCAACAACUAAGACAAUUCAACAAAGUACUAGAAAAUAAAAAAUUGUUGACUAGAAUAGAUUAAAAUCCAAUAUUAGAGUAUGUAAUUUGACAUAUAUAAAUUAAAAGGCACAAUACGCAAGUUUAUGUUGGAAAAUGGGAUAUUGGUUUGGAUUUGGAGAGGAAUUAGGGAAUUAUUUAAUAAAAUUACAAGAAUAAAUGUAAUAAAAAUAAAGGAAUCUUCAAAGUCUUUGA